AUGAUCGAGAUACAGGCAAACGAUAGAUUGGGGAAAAAGAUUAGAGUAAAGUGUUUACCCACUGAUACAAUUGGCGAGUUAAAGAAAGUUCUUGCUUUGCAGAUUGGUACUCCAUACGAAAAAUUAAUCUUGAGAAAAGGUCAUCAGGUUUACAAAGAUCAUAUCACGUUGGAUGACUAUGAAGUUCACGAUGGAUUCAAUUUCGAGCUCUACUAUUCAUAA